GAGCUGAGGAUUGUGCUGCUGGGGGGGAAGGCAGGUAGGAGUUCAUCAGGAAACACCAUCCUGGGCAGAGAGCAGUGUGACCUGAGGAGAGCUGCUCAGUGUGUGAAGAGACAGGGAGAAGUAGCAGGGAGGCAGGUCACUGUGGUCGACCCUCCAGGAUGGUGGAGGGAUCUCCCUUUAGAGUGGACUACUGAGCUGGUUAAACGGGAGAUAGUACACAGUGUGUCCCUGUGUCCUCCAGGACCCCAACUCCUGGUCAUACGGCUGGAUGUCUUGUUCCCAGAGAAACAGAGAAGAUCAGUAGAGGGACACCUGCAGCUUCUCAGUGAGAGAGUCUGGAGUCACACUAUAGUGCUGUUCACCUGUGGGGACCGUCUGGGAGACAAAACCAUUGAGCAGCACAUUGAGACAGAAGGGAAGGCCCUCCAGUGGCUUGUUGAGAAAUGUGGGAACAGGUAUCAUGUCCUCAACAAUAAGAACAGGGGUGAUGACACUCAGGUCACUGAGCUGUUGGACAAGAUGGAGGAGAUUGUGGCAGGAAACAGAGGAUAUGUGUUUAACCCUGAGAUGGACGGCAGUAGAGAAAUGAACUGGAGUUCUGAAGAGUAUCAAAUGUCACAACUGCGUACAAGAGCCUGGAGCAUAGACCUCAACCCUCCAAGUAUGAGUGGAGACAGCAGAGCUGAGAGAGACAAUGAUUCUAAUUGGAUAUCUGAGACUGGAUCUGAAGCUGGGUCAUUGUGGAGCCUUGAGAAGUGGAGAGAUAGUAGAUCUGAUCUCCUGUCUCUGGGGAGCUCUGGCUACGGCUCCCAGACCUCCAUACUUGCUCACCACAGCUCAGAGAGGACUGAGCAUGCUCAGAAAGGCUCUGAAGAGGAGCAGCUGCACUCUGCAAGACUGGUGUUUGUGGAGCGAGUGACGAUGCCUGUCCUGGAUGAUCUGCUGGAUGGACUUCUGAAGGAGAGGGUGAUCAACGAUGCUGAGAUGGAGGCAGUGAAGGUGGAGGCAGUGAGGAAGGACAGAGCACGGGUCACCAUCGACAUGGUCCUGAGGAAAGGAUCGCUCUCAUGUUUUGUGAUGAAAACUAUGUUGUCUAAAUAUGAACCUGCCUUAUACACAACUCUUGGCUUCCAAUCAAACUUCUUUCCUUCAUCGUCUGCUAGGCUUCGUUGUGUCGGUAUAGGAGUAAAGAGAGGAGCAGGAUUAUCAACUAUGGCUUCAGGUUACUCCCUCCAUCUCUCAGAGCUGAGGAUUGUGCUGCUGGGGGGGAAACGUUCAGGGAGGAGUUCAUCAGGAAACACCAUCCUGGGCAGAGAGGAGUUUGACCUGAGGACAGCUGCUCAGUGUGUGAAGAGACAGGGAGAAGUAGCAGGGAGGCAGGUCACUGUGGUCGACACUCCAGGAUGGUGGAGGAAUUUCCCUGUACAAAGGACUACUAAGCUGGUUAAACAGGAGAUAGUAUGCAGUGUGUCUCUGUGUCCUCCAGGACCCCAAACUCUCCUCCUGGUCAUAUGGCUGGAUGUCUCCUUCACAGAGAAAGAGAGAAUAUCAGUAGAGGGUAACCUGCAGCUUCUCAGUGAGAGAGUCUGGAGUCACACUAUAGUACUGUUCACUUAUGGGGACUGUCUGGGAGACACAACCAUUGAGCAGCACAUUGAGAGAGAAGGGAUGGCCCUCCAGUGGCUUGUUGAGAAAUGUGGGAACAGGUAUCAUGUCCUCAACAAUAAGAACAGGGGUGAUGACACUCAGGUCACUGAGCUGCUGGACAAGAUGGAGGAGAUGGUGGCAGGAAACAGAGGAGGCCACUAUGAGAUGGACAGAGAGAUCCUGGAGAAGAUAGAGGACAGAAGGAGGGCAGAGGAAGAGAGCGCACAACAGAGGCUGAUGAAGGUGCAGGAACAGAGAGAGACUCUCAGAUCACUAAUGGGUGACUCCCUCCAUCUCUCAGAGCUGAGGAUUGUGCUGCUGGGGGGGAAACGUGCAGGGAAGAGUUCAUCAGGAAACACCAUCCUGGGCAGAGAGGAGUUUGACCUGAGGCCAGCUGCUCAGUGUGUGAAGAGACAGGGAGAAGUAGCAGGGAGGCAGGUCACUGUGGUCGACACUCCAGGAUGGAGUGAAGAUGUCUCUCGACAGUGUGCUACUGAGCUGGUUAAACAGGAGAUAGUGCGCAGUGUGUCUCUGUGUCCUCCAGGACCCCACACUCUCCUCCUGGUUAUAGACUUGGAUGAAUCAUUCACAGAGGAAGACAGAAGAUUCAUAGAAAAAAACCUGCAGCUUCUCAGUGAGAGAGUCUGGAGUCACACUAUAGUGCUGUUCACUCAUGGGGACCGUCUGGGAGACACAACCAUUGAGCAGCACAUUGAGAGAGAAGGGAAGGCCCUCCAGUGGCUUGUUGAGAAAUGUGGGGACAGGUACCAUGUCCUCAACAAUAAGAACAGGGGUGAUGACACUCAGGUCACUGAGCUAUUGGACAAGAUGGAGGAGAUGGUGGCAGGAAACAGAGGAGGCCACUAUGAGAUGGACAGAGAGAUCCUGGAGAAGAUAGAGAAGAUAGAGGAGAGAAGGAGGGCAGAGGAAGAGAGAGCACAACAGAGGCUGAUGAAGGUGCAGGAACAGAGAGAGACUCUCAGAUCACUAAUGGGUGACUCCCUCCAUCUCUCAGAGCUGAGAAUUGUGCUGCUGGGGGGGAAACGUGCAGGGAAGAGUUCAUCAGGAAACACCAUCCUGGGCAGAGAGGAGUUUGACCUGAGGCCAGCUGCUCAGUGUGUGAAGAGACAGGGAGAAGUAGCAGGGAGGCAGGUCACUGUGAUCGACACUCCAGGAUGGAGCUGGCAUCUCCAUGUAGAGAGUACUCCUGAGCUGGUUAAACAGGAGAUAGUACACAGUGUGUCUCUGUGUCCUCCAGGACCCCACACUCUCCUCAUGGUCAUGCAGCUGCCUGAAAACUUGCAUCGCUCAUUCCCAGAGGAUGAGAGAAGAUCAGUAGAGGGACACCUGCAGCUUCUCAGUGAUAGAGUCUGGAGUCACACUAUAGUGCUGUUCACCAAAGGGGACCGUCUGGGAGACACAACCAUUGAGCAGCACAUUGAGAGAGAAGGGAAGGCCCUCCAGUGGAUUGUUGAGAAAUGUGGGAACAGGUAUCAUGUCCUCAACAAUAAGAACAGGGGUGAUGACACUCAGGUCACUGAGCUGCUGGACAAGAUGGAGGAGAUGGUGGCAGGAAACAGAGGAGGCCACUAUGAGAUGGACAGAGAGAUCCUGGAGAAGAUAGAGAAGAUGGAGGAGAAAAGGAGGGCAGAGGAAGAGAGAGCACAACAGAGGCUGAUGAAGGUGCAGGAACAGAGAGAGACUCUCAGAUCACUAAUGGGUGACUCCCUCCACCUCUCAGAGCUGAGGAUUGUGCUGCUGGGGGGGAAAUGUGCAGGGAAGAGUUCAUCAGGAAACACCAUCCUGGGCAGAGAGGAGUUUGACCUGAGGACAGCUGCUCAGUGUGUGAAGAGACAGGGAGAAGUAGCAGGGAGGCAGGUCACUGUGGUCGACACUCCAGGAUGGUGGAGGAAUCUCCCUGUAGAGAGGACUACUGAGCUGGUUAAACAGGAGAUAGUACGCAGUGUGUCUCUGUGUCUUCCAGGACCCCACACUCUCCUCCUGGUCAUACCGCUGGAUGUCUCAUUCACAGAGGAAGAGAGAAGAUCAGUAGAGGGACACCUGCAGCUUCUCAGUGAAAGAGUCUGGAGUCACACUAUAGUGCUGUUCACCAAUGGGGACCAUCUGGGAGACACAACCAUUGAGCAGCACAUUGAGAGAGAAGGGAAGGCCCUCCAGUGGCUUGUUCAGAAAUGUGGGAACAGGUAUCAUGUCCUCAACAAUGAGAACAGGGGUGAUGACACUCAGGUCACUGAGCUGCUGGACAAGGUGGAGGAGAUGGUGGCAGGAAACAGAGGAGGCCACUAUGAGAUGGACAGAAAGAUCCUGAAGAAGAUAGAGGAGAGAAGGAGGGCAGAGGAAGAGAGAUUACAACAGAGGCUGAUGAAGGUGCAGGAACAGAGAGAGACUCUCAGAUCACUAAUGGGUGACUCCCUCCAUCUCUUAGAGCUGAGGAUUGUGCUGCUGGGGGGGAAACUUGCAGGGAGGAGUUCAUCAGGAAACACCAUCCUGGGCAGAGAGGAGUUUGACCUGAGGACAGCUGCUCAGUGUGUGAAGAGACGGGGAGAAGUAGCAGGGAGGCAGGUCACUGUGGUCGACACUCCAGGAUGGUUGAGGGGUCUCCCUGUAGAGAGUACUACUGAGCUGGUUAAACAGGAGAUAGUACGCAGUGUGUCUCUGUGUCUUCCAGGACCUCACACUCUCCUCCUGGUCAUACGGCUGGAUCGAUCAUUCCUAGAGAAACACAGAAGAUCAGUAGAGGGACACCUGCAGCUUCUCAGUGAGAGAGUCUGGAGUCACACUAUAGUGCUGUUCACUCAUGGGGACCAUCUGAGAGACACAACCAUUGAGCAGCACAUUGAGACAGAAGGGAAGGCCCUCCAGUGGCUUGUUGAGAAAUGUGGGAACAGGUAUCAUGUCCUCAACAAUAAGAACAGGGGGGAUGACACUCAGGUCACUGAGCUGUUGGACAAGAUGGAGGAGAUGGUGGCAGGAAACAGAGGACAUGUGUUUUACCCUGAGAUGGACGGCAGUAGAGAAAUUAACUGGAGUCCUGUAGAGGACCAGACAUCACUACUGCCUGUGAAAAGAGCUGGGAGCUACGACUUCCUCCCUCCAAACAUGAGUGGAGACAGCAGAGCUGAGAGAGAUGAUGGUUCUGGUUGGAGAUCUGAGACUGGAUCACUGUGGAGCCUUGAGAAGUGGAGACAAAGUAGAUCUGAUCUCCUGUCUCUGGGGAGCUCUGGCUACGGCUCCCAGACCUCCAUACUUUCUCACCACAGUUCAGAGAGUAACCCACACAGAUCUCCACACAGCAGAUUAAACCCUGAACCUGCACACAGCAGGGAACCACAAGGACCGGUGUCACCACUGCCUGUGAAAAGAGCUGGGAGCUACAACUUCCUUCCUCCAAACAUGAGUGGAGACAGCAGAGCUGAGAGAGACGAUGAUUCUGAAGCUGGAUCACCGCUGAGCCUUGAGGAGGAGAGAUGGUAGAUCUGAUCUCCUGUCUCUGGGGAGCUCUGGCUACGGCUCCCUGGGGUCCAGACUUUCUCACCACAGCUCAGGGAGGACUGAGCACGCUCAGAAAGGCUCUGCAGAGGAGCAGCUGCACUCUGCAAGACUGGUGUUUGUGGAGCGAGUGACGAUGCCUGUUCUGGAUGAUCUGCUGGAUGGACUUCUGAAGGAGAGUGUGAUCAACGAUGCUGAGAUGGAGGCAGUGAAGGUGGAGGCAGUGAGGAAGGACAGAGCACGGUCCACCAUCGACAUGGUCCUGAAGAAAGGAUCUCCCUCAUGUUUUGUGAUGAAAACUAUGUUGGCUAAAUAUGACCCUGCCUUAUACACAACUCUUGGCUUCCAAUAAAACAUGCAGAGAACAGUGUCAGACCUCGGAUGAGUGUAUCACACUGUGUUUCAGCCCAGUAGGGAAUACACUAUGUACAGAUACAGUAUAUUCAAUUACAAUUUAAAUACAGCUAAAUCAAAUAUGAAUUUGCCAUAUACUUACACAUGGUAUUUUUAUCUACAUUGGAACUAUAUUGUUGGAAUCAUUGAAAUACUCAAAUCUAAAUAGAUUUGUUAAUAUAAUCUUAUGAAUGUUAAGUUCGAUAUUUGCCAAUUGAAUGUAUUUAAGAUCAACGGAAAUAAAUAACUAUUAUGUUUUACAAUCAGUACAAUAUGGCAAUACCCGACAGAUUAAUGUGUAAAUAUAGAAUGUAUCUAAAGGUAUAGGGUUAGACAAAAAUGUCUAAUUGGGUACAAUCAUAUAUGGGGAUAAGCUCUUUGAAACAAUCUAUUUAUUUUAAUAAAAAACUCCAAUAAAUGUAAA